AUGUGGUCACCCAACAGUGUGGUUCCUGCCUUUUGCUUGCUACUGAUUAUCUGUGCUGCUACCGAGGUCAUUGGCAUCAUUGGCGGGCGAUAUGCUCGUUUAGGACAGUUUCCCUAUCAUGCUAUUUUGCUGGAGCAUGAUUGGCAAUUCGGUGGCGGAUCCUUAGUCUCGGAGUUUUUUGUGCUUACCUGUGGCCACUGUGUUACCACUUUCGACAAAGAUAUUUGUACGGUUCUUUUGGGCGUCAUCGAUCUAACGGACACCAAUGGACAAAUGAUCCCUCCUCAAGAAUUCAUCUCUCACCCGCAGUUUAAUGCAACUUCGUUAGAUUACGAUAUUGGACUGAUACGCUUAAGCAGAGCAGCUGAAAUAAAUCAGUUUGUGAAAACAAUUGGAAUGGCUUUUGCCAAUGCCACCUAUAGUGUUAACACGGUAGCUCAUGUCAGUGGACAUGGUGAGAUGGAUGCAUAUCAUACUCUACCAGAAUGUCUGAAAUAUGCAUAUGUUCCAUUAUGGGACAAAGAUAAUUGCACAAUUUUUGAUCGCGUAACGGACCACGGCAUGGUUUGCGCAGGAUUUGACGAUGCACAAAACAAUCCAUGUCCAGGAGAUUCCGGUGGCGGAUUGGUUGUCAAUAACAUAGUUUUUGCCGUUUUUUUUAUGGAUUACCGUUGUGGCGAACCACAUUAUCCAACCGUUUAUCAAUUUGUGCCAUACCAUCGUCAGUGGAUAGAUCAGGUUAUGCAUUCUCAGUUUGUCCGGAAAAAGAAAAACUUUUGGAAUAGCACCAUGAAUGCUCACAAUGUUCGGCACAAGAAUUUUAUUAUCGGCACCUCCGGUUUAAGUGCUGGCGAUGCAAAAACUUUUAAUGUUGAAAAACUCAUCAAUCAUCCAAACUUUAACUAUGAGAGCAGGGACGACAAGGACAUCGACAUCCAGCAACAUUCGCCACUAUCUGCAGUUACCGUGUCAUAG